UUUUGUUUCUCUAAUAGCAAAUUCCUUAUUUAUGCUUGCCUGCUGCUUUUUUCUGUGUUGCUCUCUCUACGUCUGGAUGACAAAAUUCAGUGGAGUUACUGGGCUGUAUUUGCUCCAAUAUGGCUGUGGAAGUUAAUGGUGAUUGUUGGUGCCUCAGUGGGAACAGGAGUAUGGGCCCGAAACCCACAGUAUCGAGCAGAAGGAGAAACCUGUGUGGAGUUCAAAGCUAUGUUAAUUGCAGUGGGCAUCCACCUGCUCUUGCUGAUGUUUGAAGUUCUGGUGUGUGACAGGAUCGAAAGAGGAACCCAUUUCUGGCUUCUGGUCUUCAUGCCGUUAUUCUUUGUAUCUCCAGUGUCGGUUGCAGCUUGCGUGUGGGGGUUCCGACACGACAGGUCUCUGGAGCUGGAAAUCUUGUGUUCAGUCAAUAUUCUACAGUUCAUAUUCAUUGCACUCAGACUAGAUGAGAUCAUCAGAUGGCCGUGGCUUGUGGUUUGUGUUCCACUGUGGAUCUUGAUGUCCUUUCUGUGUCUAGUAGUGCUGUAUUACAUUGUGUGGUCUGUUCUGUUCCUGCGCUCUAUGGAUGUGAUUGCUGAGCAAAGGAGGACACACAUAACCAUGGCUGUCAGCUGGAUGACAAUUGUGGUUCCACUGCUCACAUUUGAGAUCUUACUAGUACACAGACUGGAUGGGCAUAAUUCUUUUUCUUUUAUACCCAUAUUUGUUCCUCUCUGGCUUUCGCUGAUAACUUUAAUGGCAACAACAUUUGGACAAAAAGGAGGAAAUCACUGGUGGUUUGGAAUUCGCAAGGACUUUUGUCAGUUCCUGCUUGAAAUCUUCCCAUUCUUACGAGAAUAUGGAAAUAUUUCUUAUGAUCUUCAUCAUGAAGAUAAUGAAGAAACAGAAGAAACACCACUGCCUGAACCGCCAAAAAUUGCACCAAUGUUUCGAAAAAAGACUGGAGUGGUUAUUACACAGAGUCCUGGAAAAUACGUGAUUCCACCUCCCAAGUUAAACAUUGAUAUGCCAGAUUAAGGUGACAUAGUAUAUUAAACUGGAACUGGGAAUCAGCA